AUGAUAAACUCACUACUUCCCCUUAGGUAGCUAGGGUGUUUGAAUGAAUAGAGAGAAAAUUAUCAUCUAAGUUAUGAUGAGCAACUUGAUAGCACUAAUCUUUCUCAGAAUCAUUGCUAACAGCUUCAAUUUGCUAAAGAAACAGAAUUCGUUUCUGGAUCAAACAGCACUAUUCCCUCAGGUAGCUUAUCUAGUAGCUUCUUUAAGUCCUCAUUCAUCUUUUAAAUAUGCUGCACCUAGAUAAAUGAUAACUUAAGUCUUUUCUCGAAAGAAUAGCAUGCAAAAAUUAGCAGGCAAGUAACAGUAAGAAUUGAUGAAAACGUAAAGAAAUCAGCAAAUUAGGCAUAAAAUCCAUAGAAAAUUAUCAUCCCACUAGAUGUAACUAUCAUCGAUAUUGAACUUAAAAUCCAGCUAUAAUUAAACAGCAACCCAUGCACCAUGUAGACAAAUAAUCCACUAAUGUUCCCCGCUAUUUAUAAGAUAGAAGCAUUUUCCCUUAUAUUUAUGAUAGUUGCUAGAUAUGUUGGGACAAGAAGCAAUCCUUGCAAUUUACAAAAUCUAUCAGGCCAUUUCCAUGCUAAAACAAACAAUAGUGCCUACCAUAAAAUCAAUGAUGACCUUAGACUCCAUUAGCCUUCUGUUAACCUUUUAGAUAUAAGAAGAGUCUAUACAACUCCAAAUACAGUGAAUGCUAUCCUAAGAAUUAAAGCAAAUUUGCAAAUGAAAAAAAUAUCUUUAUUUCUUUCUUGCUGA